CAUUUUAUUGUCAAAAAGAUAAAUAAUUUUACCUUUUGUAAAUGCUGUAAAAACUAUAUUUUUUACUUUUCAGGUCAUUUCCAUAACAUUAAAAGAUGUUGAAAUUAAGCGGGCAAGUGAUUUGGAGGUUAGGAUCAAGGGCAGCCGUAAGGAAAUAUUCCGGUCCAAGUGCCACAGUAUUCAAAACUGAGAAGCUAGACCUAUCCACAAACACAUCUGAUAAGAGAGUCGAACAACUGACCGGUGACGACAAGGAUAAUUCAGGCUUAGUAGCAGCAGCAUUUGCUUCCCUGCAAGACAUAGACACACCAUUAGUGAAGAAGCCGAGUCCUAAAUCAGCGAAGAUAAGUCGCUUGGCACAUUUAGACGGACAGAUAUCACAGGCCACUGACUUGAAUGCAUUGCUAGUUGUUGCUGAAAACCCUGUUGUAUCUCGGAGACAUGCUUUGAAGAUGGUAUCAAUUCUCUCAGAAUGGACAACCACUAACAAAGUCAAGCUAACAGACUUUGAGAAAGAUCCUCGGUUUCUCAAACUGUGCAGGAUCCUCGCCAGGUCCACUACAUCACAUACAAUCGGCUCUCUGACCAUGGCAGAAGAUUUGAGUACCGUAUUGGGCAUCACAGGAGAUGAUGAAGCAGCCAGAUUAAUAACAAACUUGACACUACCACAGAUGAUCAAAGUAAUGAAAGCCCUGCAGAACAAAGGUCGGCGCAGCACUCCAUUACUACGCGCGCUCUCCCACAACAUUACCAACCAGGCCGAGAUCAUUGACCUCAAGAAGUCAGCUGACCUCCUCUACGCUAUGGCCGCACUGAACUUCCCCGACCCUGUACUGUUAGAUAGGAUAUGCAAUGACGUCAUAGAAUGUCUGCCCUCAAACGAAGACAAAUCAGCGGUGGUGAACUCUAUAACCACUUCGCUUGGUCUCCUGAAGUACCGACACGAGCCCGUGCUGUCGGCCAUCACCGACUGGUUGCACCAGCACGUAGCGCAGUGCCGCGCCACUGACAUCGCGUCGGCGGUCGUCACGCUAGCUACCGUGGACUAUCUCCCACCUUCAGAUUCAGCGCAGGGUUUGAUUCAGACCGCCCUAUCCCUGAAAGAAGAAGAGAUGACCAAGUCCUCGUCCUGGUUGGACCUGGUGUUCUCCCUGCUGAUCCUGAACAAAGCCAAGAAGACACAGCUAGAGUCCACACUGCAGCCUGACUUCAUUGACAAGCUGCUGUCUGCUGGUGAGAUACCGAUACCUUCUCGACGUAAGCUGAUGAUGAUCGACGCGUUCCUCCACCUGGCCAGUCCAGGGUCCCCUCGCCUGCCUGAAGAUAUAUCAGUCGGUGUGCCAGUAGUAUACACUAAGGAGAAAGCAUUCUACGUCCAGAGCAUCAUGGACACAUUCAAGAGCUUCGUCUCCGCUGAGGCGUUUUUGAAAAAGGACUGUAAUUCUGGCAUGGGAUUUUUGUAUGAUGCGGAGUUCGCAGUGGAUGCCAAAUGCCACCCUGUACCUUUAGAUAAAGCUGAAAACAACAAAAGCGUGUUCCGGAUAGCGGUGCUAGGUUUGGACUACCACGAUAUGGCUAGGAAGUCUGCCGUGCCGCUCGGCAUCAACCAGCUUCAUACUAGGUUACUUGAAUUAAAGGGCUUCAAAGUACUCCAAAUUCCAUACACAGAGUUCAGUCCUAAAGACAAGUUGGUGACCAGAGUGCAAUACAUAGAAAAGAGAUUAAAGGAGAUUGUCAACAAGUCAGGUCAGACGUAGGCAUCCUAACUUAGGUACUAGACACUGUGAGCUGGGUCACCUUAGGUUCAAUGUAUACUAGCGCAGAGUCGAAGCUUAUCGGAGCGUCUUUCCAAAACCGAACAUAACAAAUUCAACCUUAACUGCACAGCAUAACGCACAUAUUGCUUCUGUGAUUUGAAUAAGCGUUUUCACGUGCAAGCGCGCGUAUGAGGCCUUACGUAUUGUCCACAAGAUGUCGCUAGUGUUCACACUCGUUCGUCCAAUGGGGAAUUAGCUAGUGUUAGCUAACAUUGGACGUUCAACAUUUGACAGCUGCUAAAAAACCCCUUUAGUCUUAAAAGUCCCGCUUCUCAUGAGGGUACAAGUUCGAAACCUGCCAACGGCAAGUACCAAUGUGACUUUUUUCGAGUUAUAUGUACUUUCUAAGAUUAUCUAGAGACGC